AUGCUGACAUCUGGUGAUAGCCGGCUCUAACACCAGUGACCCCAAGCUUUGGCGUUGCUCGUUGUUGGUGUAAAAAUAUUCCUUUUGCGAAUUAAUUUUGCGCCAAAUUUGUGUCAGUGUUUCGUGUUUUUUUAUGUUAUUAUGAACUACUGAGGCACCUCAUGAUGUCGGACUCCUCCAACGACGACUCAAAGGACUUCAACAGCAGUGAAGUGUCCUCUACAUGUAACGUAGGGCGGCAAAAUCAACCAGCUGAGGAGGGUGCCUCAACAAGCGACGCACCAGUCGCUCGCUCCUUGUCGCCGGACACUUCUGACGCUGUCGCGACUGUAGACAACCAAACGCCAGACCUUACCUCCACAACAAACGAGCAAAGAGAGGAAGAUUCCAAGUCAAAUAGCUCUGAGGAGUACUUGGACGCUCACGUCAGUGGCAAUGUGACCGGCUCCAAUGUGUGGACAGCUGAGCAGCCUCCGGCAAGUUCCUCUAGAGCCCAGCAGGAGGGUCAGGCGGCUGUGUCAGAAGGCACCUCAAAAGCGUGGCAAAUGCUUAUGUCAUACGACAGCACGUCUGAGGACGACGAGGAGGACAUUCAGCCAGCGUCCGCCUCUGAAUCGGUAGAAACCAGAGAAAUUUCGACCACUCAACAGCAGAGUGCUGACGUCUCUCCCAACAAUGGACAAAAUGUUAGUGGCUCCGGUGACGCAGUUAGGGACGAGGGGGCUUCCAGCUCUGAAAUGCGACUGGAGGGCAGUUCUGUGUCCGGGUCACACGAGUUCAAUCCAGAGGUGGAAGCUGGCUCGUCUUCCAACGUUGAAGAGAUUUCUGAAGGUUUGGAGGAGCAGUUGACUUCCAGCGAAAAUAACAACGAUGGCGUGGAAUCAAGCAGGCUAAACCAACCUGAGUUGGAGGCUGAGGAGGAGGAAGAAGAGGAAAUGCUCAUCUCCAGUGGGCACGAAGCAGAAGCGUCGGUUGACGAAGAGCCUGUGGCAGUGUCAGGUUCAGAUGAUCUGCAACCUGAGCCACAGGCGGAGAUCAUGUCCUCCUCCAGCAACAACAUCAUCGCUUCUUUGCUGACCGCCGAGAGGCCUGCCAGUUCGGAGGCUGACCCUUUGGCACAGCCUCAGGUGCAGGUCGUGCGACCUGAUUCGCCCUCGAUGGGAAGAUUGCGACCUGAAGGUCAGAUUGGAGGAUCUCGAGCUCUCGACAUUCCUGUAGCACCGAGUGUUGCCAAUGAAAGCAGGUCGGUCGCGGAAGAAGCAGCCCGAAGAGUGACGUCAGGCUCUCAGAGGCCCCUGCCAGGUGAAUCAGUGUUGGCCCAACAACUCCGUGUGUCCUCUGCAGGACUGGGCCACUCUGCCUUGAUGCGGCAGCUCAUCUCUUCGCACACCGAACCAGCAGUUGCCAACAGAUGUGGUCCAGAUAGCACAACUGUGGACCAGAGUGCUAUCAGUGGAGCUGAAGAAGUGAGUACAACAGAGGAAGACCAAACUGGCCAAGUGAGUACUUCCCAGCAGAGAGGAAACGUCUCCACCUCCUGGCCAGCAGCGUCAGGAGCAGGAGUAUCUUCCAGUGUCGACAUUCCAAUAUCUACGAGCAACACUCUUAGUGGCCUCCUUGCUUCAAGACUGUCAAGGGAUCCGCUGGUCAGUACGAGCAAUAGCAUGCCUCACCGCCAGCGCGAGAAUGAUGUGAGAGAUAGCAGCGGCGCGAGCAGCACUACUUCAGGUCUGCGGGGUCUGUUGUCAACCCCAGCCAGGGCCACUCACACCUUUGCGCGAAGCAACUUUAGUCCACCAACUCAAAGCAUUUCGCCGCCGUCCCUGCCAGAGCCAACAGAUAACGCCAUGAGCGGACACCAACCCGAGGCGGGUUCCAGCUUUUUGCUGUCUCCGCAGAUGUCUCCCUCAUCUUCUCAGAAGCCAGCUGAGACUCCCCACAGCUUUCUGGCCAUGCAGUUAGCCGGUCCUUCGAUGGCGACUGCUCCUGGAGAUAAAUUCCCAGGUGACGACAAGGGCAAGAAGCGGAAAGCCUCACCUGACAGACCACCGCGCAGAUCUCCGCCGCCCCCUUCUCCAGGUCCAAGCAGAGACGCGAACCACAUUGCACCACCGAACGCCUCUCUUAUGGAGCAGCUCAGGAAAGCAGGAGUUAUCAUCACAGCGGUUCCAUCUGGGCAGGGAAACGCUCCAGAAACGGAACCUGCUGAGCCAGAGAUGAGGCCACCAUUCCAGGUUGAUGUGCAGAUUAGUCAACCGUCAACCAGUAGGCAACCAGAGCCGGUUGUCAUUGACUCAAACUCGUGCGAAGAUUUCCAAGGUGCAUUUGAGAGCAAGGAGGGUACAGAAGACGAGGAGGGACAAAUGGUGUUGGUGGAUGAAGAUAUGCCAGCACCAGACGUGCCGGAGAAAAAGAAACCUGGUAGAAAGAGAGGCAAGAGAAAGCCAGUGGAUCUGAAUCCGGAAUUGCUGCGACCGAAAAGGCCAAGGAGAGCAAAAGAAAAGCACGAAGAAGAGGAAAAAGCCAAAGAGGCAGCCAAAAAGGUCGAGCUUCCUCCUCCUACUCCACCUGACGGGGAAACUCCAAUCAAGAAAAAGCGGGGAAGGAAACCUAAGGCUCUCUUGUUGCAGCUCGCUGCUGAGGCAAAGGCACGAGAAGAAGCCCUUGCACAGGAGAGGGAGCUAAAGGGAGAAGAGGCAGGCAGUGAAGAAACCCAAGAACAAUCCAGUUCUUCUCCGCCGCCAGAGAAAAAGAAGGAAAAGCGGCAGUACCGUAAAAGGGAAAGCACAAAAGCGGAGCCAAAAAAGACGCCAAAGACUCCCAAGCAGCGAACACCAAAACCGAAACCAGUCAGGGAAACGCCUAACGGUCCACAGGAUGAGGAAACUCGCAUGAGUGCCACUGCUGAAGACAGUCAGCAAGGAAAACUGACAGACUCCGCUCCAAGAAAAAGAUUUGUGCUACCCAUAUUGCAGCCUUUGGAGGUGACAGCUGAUGAUGUGGCUGAGUAUCAGUGGCCACCCAAUGACAGGUUGGCGGACACUUACAUGCUGCAAGAGCAGAUUGCACUCUUUUUGGGCGUCAAAUCAUUUAAGCGAAAAUAUCCAGAGCUGAAACGGCGACCUGUGGAGCCCCAAGAAAGGGAGUUUCUACAGGAGAAGGGAAUAGUUUCAGAGUCCAUGUGUGAUUUAGGCUUAACUGCUGUGCUAAGCGCAGAAGUGUUGGACAUAAUGUCAGCUGAUUAUCAUGAAAAAUACGAAGAGUACAAGCGAGCAGUAAGAGAGCGGCACGCCAAAGAAAUGCAAAACAAGGCCAAGUCAAUGUCAGUUUUCAAACCCAUGGAUGCGAAAACAAGAGCGAUGCAGUCGGCAGCAAAAUGGAACGCAAGCUUUAAUAAGGAAAGACGCGAAGAAAGAAGGUGUUGUUGUGAUCUGCAAACAAUGACCUUCCACUUCCCUGAGCAAAAGAGGAAAACAGUGAUGAACAAUGCCAAGCCAGCGCCUGGCACCUAUCCUGUUGCGUUGAUCCCUGGACAAUACACGGACUAUUACAAAGACUACUCGGCCAACGAGCUCAAAUAUCUUCCGGUUAAUACGGUAAUGUAUGGUCCUCUGAGGCCAAAUGAGCAAUUAGAGGAGAAGAUGUCUGAAGGCAGCCAGUCGGACUCUGAAGGCUCUUCGUCCUCGGAUGACAGCUCAAGUGACACUUCAAGCGAAGGAUCCGCGGACUCUGCUGACAGUUUGUCUACAGCCCCAGAGGCGGAUCAGGAGAAUAUUGCAAACGCGCCUCCAGCUGGGACUAAAUGCAGAACGUGCUCUUUCCCUGGACAGCCAGACAACAUGAUAACAUGUUCGCAAUGCAAUACGCAUGGUCAUCUACUCUGUUUGGGUCUCAGCACAGACAUGCUCAUCCACAUCCGACGUUACAUGUGGCAGUGCACCGAUUGCAAAACGUGCAUCCAGUGCAAAGACCCUGCCGACGAAGACAAGAUGCUCUUCUGUGAUCUCUGUGACAGAGGCUACCACAUUUACUGUGUCGGCCUGAGGAAAGUGCCUGAAGGGCGGUGGCACUGCAAGGUAUGUGCAAUUUGCGGUUCUUGCGGUAGCAUCGAUCCCUCUGGCACCGAAGCUCCUCCGCAGCCUAUGCCACCAAAUUCGCCGGAAAAAGCGCCCCAGUGGCAGCAUGAGUUCAAGAAGGGAGAUAAGAACAGCAAAGUCUACGCCCAGACGCUGUGUGUGCCUUGCUCCAGGCUGUGGAAAAAGGGAAGCUAUUGCCAGCAUUGUUCGCGUUGUUACUCAAAAACGGACAGCACAACCAUGGUCAACUGUUCCAUCUGUGACAAGUGGAUGCAUGCAGAGUGCUGCAAACUGGCGCCAGGCCCAGAGCUAGCUAAGCUGAAUUUUGUCUGCGACAACUGUCAAGAGGGAAGCCAAGUGCGAGCAACCCCUUCCAACAAAGGCUUUUUAAAGGUUGUGGGCAAGGUCCACUAGCUAUAUUUAUUUUGAUGUUUAACUACUGCUUUAAUUCCAUUAUAUUGGGUGUACAUGAUCAAUAAUAAACUUGUUUUUCAAUUAAAUAUAAAUUAAAAAGGUCUUCUCAUUUCUGA